AUGCCAGCACGUCUUGGACACGAAGAGUUUUUCUCUUCUCUCUCCGACCUCCUUGUCAAAACCUCCCAAAAUGCCCGCGGCUCCAUCUUCCUCACACAGAAACCUCUCAUCCAGUCCUCAGAGAACGGCACAUCGCAACCGUCAAUCCUCAUCCGUGCCACAGACGGAAACACCAAUGCUCCGAAUCCCAAAAAAACCAUGGACGCUAAGAAAUCAGCGGGGUCGCAGAAAGUGAAGUUGUCGACUGUUGUGGCCCCGGAAGAACUGGAGUCGUUUUAUACGCGUUAUGCGGAGGUUUGCAAGGUGGGGAUGACAGGGCUGAAGAAGCGAGAUAGGAAACGUGGGAAGGCGAAGAAGGGUGGUGCUGCAAAGGUUAGCAAGGCUUGA